GUUUCUGGGUGAAAACACAGUCGUCGAGCGAUAAACUUCCACAAGACAUGGCUCCCCGAAUCUGCUCGCAACAUCGGAAGCAAGAUGAAUAAGCACUGAACAGUGAACACGAUCCUUUCGCUCUCCCUCUCUAUAUCCAUCUCAUUUUUGGGAGUACUGAGAGCUAGACGAAAGGGUUUGAACCCCCGCUCGCAAUGGCGAUUCGCAGAGAGAAACCCCAGUCGUUUCGCGGAUCUCCCGUCCUCGUAGCCAUUGUCGUCGGAAUUCUUCUCGGUUGCGUUUUCGCUUUCUUGUAUCCUCGCGGAUUCUUCAGCUCCGAUCCGGCCAAUGCGACAACUCGUCGAAUUGCCAAAUCAGAUCUCCAGGCUGCCAGUUCCUGCGAAUCACCCGAAAGAGUUAGAAUGUUGAAAUCAGACAUAGUAUCCCUAACAGAGAGCAAUGCACUGUUGAAGAAACAAGCCAGGGAGCUCAACGAGAAGCUGCAGAUGGCUGAACAAGAAAAAGAUCAUGCACAGAAGCAAGUUCUGCUUCUAGGCAAACAGCAGAAAGCCGGGCCUUUUGGCACCGUCAAGAGCUUAAGAACUAAUCUCGCAGUGCUCCCAGACGAAUCAGUCAAUCCUCGGCUGUCAAAACUCUUGAAAGAAAUCGCUGUCCAGAAUGAGGUCAUCGUUGCUCUAGCAAAUUCAAAUGUGAAAGAAAUGUUAGAGGUUUGGUUCACCAACAUCAAAAGGGUUGGCAUACCGAACUACCUUGUUGUGGCACUCGAUGAUCACAUCGUCGAUUUCUGCAAAUCGAAUGGUGUUCCAGUCUAUAAAAGGGAUCCAGAUGAAGGUGUUGACUCUAUAGCAAGGACUGGUGGAAACCAUGCAGUCUCCGGAUUGAAAUUCCGGGUAUUAAGGGAGUUUCUCCAGCUGGGGUACAGCGUCCUGCUCUCUGAUAUUGACAUUGUGUUUCUCCAGAAUCCAUUUCUUCACCUGUACCGAGACUCCGACGUGGAGUCCAUGACCGAUGGCCAUGACAACAGGACAGCGUACGGUUUCAAUGAUGUGUUUGAUGAGCCUGCAAUGGGGUGGGCUCGGUAUGCUCAUACAAUGAGGAUAUGGGUUUACAACUCUGGGUUUUUUUACAUGAGACCGACUUUACCAGCAAUCGAGCUGUUGGAUCGAGUUGCUGGGAGGUUAUCUCGUGAGCCAAACUCGUGGGACCAAGCAGUUUUUAACGAGGAGCUCCACUUCCCGUCCCACCCAGGUUAUGACGGGCUUCAUGCUGCGAGGAGAACUAUGGAUUAUUAUCUGUUUAUGAACAGCAAGGUGCUUUUCAAGACUGUGAGGAAAGAUGCUAAGUUGAAACAGCUGAAGCCGGUAAUUGUUCACCUGAAUUACCAUCCAGAUAAGUUUCCCAGGAUGAAAGCUGUUGUAGAAUACUACGUUAAUGGGAAGCAGGACGCUUUGGAACCCUUCCCCGACGGUUCUGACUGGUAGGCAGAAUGUUAGAAAGCAACAGAGAAGUUUCUUCCACUAUAGCUUUCACCUUGUACUAAUUCCACAAAAUAGGGUGUAGAUUAAGUUUGAUCAUUUCUUAUGCUGUUCAAUGAUGAAUGCCCAGAUAAAGUUUUCGCCUUGUACUAUUCUGUAAUUUUUUGGUUAAAAGUUUCAUAUUGGAAAGUUCACUUCUUUGGUCUUUAGAAAGUUCACAUCUUUAAUCUCUUUCUAAUGAGUCCCCUUGUCUUCUGUGAUUUUAGAUAGAUAGAAAAGAAACAACAACUGCUUCUUUCAGUGAUUGCAAAUAGGAUUUCACUAUCUGGACUCAGCGUUCUCAACCGCCAAGUGCUGGGAGUUCGAGUUAUGUAGGUUUGCUCCAUUUCUGCUCUGCCAUUAACAGCGGUUUCAUCUCUCUUUCAAAUGAUCAGCUUCGUGCGGUUUUACAUCAGCUGUCUAUUCUCUUUCUUAUAUUAAUGUCCCCAAACACUCGAUUCUAUGGCGCCAAUUAAAGAAGAGCCCGCCAAAUUCUGGGCACUGGCCUUAACUGGACAGCAAAGUUGGAUUGGGUUUUGCCUAUUCUAUGUCGUGUAGUGAUGAUUUCCGUGGCAAUUAGCAGGCUGCCCGUCCUAAUUUUCCAGUUCAAAACAAAGAUGGCGGUACAGAUUUCUUUGGCCUGUUCUGUCCCUUCCCCUUAUCCCAACUUACUCACCUUCUCUCUCUCUGCAUUCUCCAUUUCAAAGUAUUCCUGCUAACAUUCGAAGUUGGAUCCUUGUCAGAUAUUCACGCAGAGGAAUACCCAGAGAGACAGUGUUCUAGUGAGCUACAAUCCUCCUCCGAGGAGCCCCUAUAGGAACCCGAAUUCCGACCUCGAUUUCAACGACGGUGGGCUGACGCAGCAGAAUGUCCGGCAAAGUUUCGGCGAGGAGCCGUUAGGGAACGACCCGGAAACGGCGCCGCUGCGGACGAGGUGGUCUGGGCUGUACGAGAAGCCGGUUUUCGGAGAGCAUGAAGGAGCCAAGAACAGAGGAGGAAGGAUUCAAAACGGAGAUUUCUUUGAUGACAUAUUUGGCGGGAGCGAGUUGUUGAGUUCUUCUCCCAGGAGGCAGAUCACUUUGUCUCCAUCGAGAUCCGAUCCGCUUGGAAGUUCCUCACUUCCUGCCCCGUUCAGUCUACCUUCGAAGCUAAUGAAACCAACGACGGAUCUACCUACAUUUGGUUCGAGUUCGAGUCCUCGUAGCUCUCUGCUGAAGACCAAGGAAGUUGCUUCGAGUGGAGGUAUGAUCAGCAACUACUCAUUCUCUCCACUAUCAAGAUCCUCAAGCAAACCAGACUUGGUGGUAAUCGAGGAGUCCAAAGACAAUGUCCAUCGCCAGGGUUCUCUCUCCCGCCAAUUCUCCCUCAACAAUGGCGACGGCUUGUCGAACAUGGCCAAACAACAAGGUGUAGAACGAUACAAAGGUAGCUUAGGAGACAAAAACAAAGGAGGCAGUCAUGGUCAUGAUCAUUUUCACUCAAUCUACAAAUGGGCCAACCAAGGAGCUCCUCCCAUGUCCAUGCCUCUCAGAUCAGGAAACGGUUCGAGAUAGAAGGACAAGUUGUUAUUCACUUCAUCAACAGGUGAAGCUUCUGCCGAGCUUGAGACCGAGGAAACACAACUUAAACCAGAGUUGAAACCCUUACGGUCUAUGCUCUUAGACAGUGGUUCUGAACAAGGUUGUUGUGGUUCAGGAACUUGGGAGGUAGAUAGCGAGAAGGGGUUGUUGAGAGAGAGCAAAGUGAAGAGUAGUAGUAGCAAGAAUGCAUCUUCUGAAGCAGUUGAUGUCAGCCAGAGGAAAGUGGAAGUGCAAAAGGUUGAUAGUAAGUUGGAGGAAAUCCGUGGAAGGAGCAGUAAAGCAAAGGGGAAGAAGGUGAAGGAUUUUGUGAAGAUUUUUAACCAGGAGGUGCAGAAACCUGAUGUGAUGAAGGGUAAACCCCAGAAGAAGCCUGAGAAGAAGAAAGAGAGGAGAGAUUCCAGGACAGUGGAUGAUGAUGGAAUCUCUAUGUGAGAAACACAUUUAUUUAGGAUUUCUAUUAUUAUAUUAGGUAGGAUAAUUAUAAUUAUGGUUAGUAGAUAUUUAGUCGUAUAAGGAUUACUAUUAGCGUUUUCCAGUAUUUCCUAUAAAUAUGUACUUUGGGUUUACGUCAUAAUCAAUCAAUCAGAAUAUUAAGCAAAGUCCC